GCACCCAUCACGAGAUCAACACGGUCCCACUAUAAAAAUCACGUAGAGGGAAUAGUUGGGAAUUUCAAAACAGCUUCUCUUCAGAAGAUGGCGGGAAACGAUUCUCCGAAACAAUUCCUCACUCUAAUCCGCGACUUCACAUCUGAAAAAUCUCAAGGAGAGCGAAGAAUAAUAAAUCACAAGAAGCGAAAUCAAGAGCUUCAAGCGGAGUUUGAACUUGCAAUAGCUGAGGUCGAAGAGGUGAAGCAUCAGAAGGAGAUUGCUGAGCAAGAGCUCAAAGGCUACGAAGUUGAAUUGGCCAGGAAUGAGUUUUCCAUUCAAACCCUAGAGGAAAGGAUAGGUCUGAUUCAAGAUGAAUUAUCGAACUAUGGAUCUGAAAUAGAGGCUCUUAAGAACAAAGACGCAGAAACUCGAGAUGACUUCAUUGAGAAAAUGCUAGAGCUCAAUGCACAGAUAAGGAAAUUCUAUGAGUCAAUGGCCUCUGUAUUCAGAAAUGAUAAUUGCAGCGAGUCAGCAUCAAAAUCAGGUCCUGCAAAAGCCAAAGCAGAAGAUGCUGAAGCUUUCAAGAGAGACCUCCAGAAUAAGCUAGCUGAGAUAAUUUCGCAUAUCUCUAAGGAAGAACAGGAAUACCAAGUUGAACAGAAUAUUCAUAGGCAGGUUCAAGAGGAGUUGAGUAUUUUGGAAAGGAAAGCAUCACUGAUAGAGGAAAUCACAAAAGAAAAUAUGAAAAUGCAGGAGUUAGCCAGGCAGACUUCUGAAUUGGAAAACAAAUGUGCUUCCCUUGGUGAUGAGCUACAGAGGAGGUCGGUAUGUCCCAGAUGUCACAAGGACAAUGCAGAGGCAUUAGGUCAAAUUCUUCAAGCAGGCGAUGAGAAUUAGCUUCUUGUAAGUAGUCUCUGACAUUAAACUGAUGUAGUCAAAAGCAGGACCCUGAGGUGCAUGCAUUUCUGAUCUUAUAUCUUCCUUUCGUAUGCGUGGCUAAGCUUCGGUUUACUACAGAUAGGGCUAGUUUGCAUAAUUGACAAUCCUAGAUUUUCUACUCACUCCCCCUAUACUUCCUAAAGAACAAAUAUAAUGGCAGCUGUACAAUGAAACGUACUUUCACCACAAGGAUAGUUGUAUUUCUGUUCUUUCAGCUGUUUAUGGCAUUGCUAAAGAAGACAGUUAAUGUA